AUGAGCAGCCCAAAAGAGAGUAAGAAAAGAAAAUCAAACGCCUUGGAUGAAGCUUGUCUGGAAUUAAGUGAAGAGGUAGAGAAUGAUGUUAGUCAUGAGAAGGUUGAUGAAGAUGAAGAAGAAGAUGUUGAAACUCAAUUUAAUAAUUGGAAAACGAACAGUGGUUUAUUAUAUGAUUUCGUAUGUAGAAAAGAAUUAGAAUGGCCUUCAUUAUCAGUAGAUUUUGGUGAUUUUCAUCAUGAGAAUAUAGAAAAUAAUGUAUUAAAUCAAAUAGUAUGUGUAGGUACUCAUACAUCUAAUAAAGAACCUAAUUUUUUAUAUGUAUGUGAUGUAUUAUUUCCAUUAGAACAAGUGCCUCAAGAAAAAUGUAUUUAUAAAAGUAAUGAAAAUUAUGAAGGUUUUGAUUUUUGUUCAGAAAAAAAAAAAUUUACUAUAAAAUCUAAAAUAGCUCAUACAGGUGAAGUGAAUCGAAUAAAAUUUGUACCAUUAGAAAAAAAAAAUUUUGUAGUAACUAAAGCUGUAGAUGGAAAUGUUCAUUUAUUUGAUAUAAAUAAACAUAAAAUAGAAACAGUUGAUGAUAAAAUGAAUCCAGAAGUAUCAUUUGUAGGAAAUCAAUCUGAUGGAUUUGGUCUAGAUUUUCAACCUUUAAAAAAAUAUAUUUUAACUUGUGCAAAUGAUGGAUUAAUAAAUGUAUAUGAUUAUAAUAAUCUAACCACAAAAACUGUUCAACCAUUUUAUAAAGUACAAUAUAAAUCACCUAUUAAUGAUAUUUCUCCUACUAAUGAUCCAAAUCUUAUAUUAGCAUGUGCAGAUAAUGGAUAUAUAUUAAUUUUCGAUUUUAGAGUUAAAUCAAAUGAACCAGCUCAACAAACGUUAGGACAACAAGUUCCUGUUAAUACUGUUGCUCUAAAUACAUUUACUGGUCUUUUUGCUUCAGGAAGUGAUAAUGGAAAGAUAAAAGUUUGGGAUUUAAAAAAAUUUCAUGAACCUCAACAUAUUAUUAACGCACACAAAGAAGCUAUCAUCAGACUUAAUUUUUCACCAAAUGAUACUUCAAUACUUGCUUCAGCUAGUAAUAAUCGUUUUAUUAAUGUUUAUGAUCUAAAUAAAAUAGGAGAAGAACUUGAUGCUAUUGAUUUAUCUGAUGGUCCAUCUGAAUUAAUUUUCUCACACGGGGGACAUACUCAACCCGUAACAGACUUUAAUUGGAAUCACCACAAAAAAUUAAAAAUGUUUAUUGGAUCAACAAGUGAAGAUAAUACUUUACAAUUCUGGCAGUUAAAAUCGGAGUUGCUCGAUGAAACAAAUACAAUACCUACAUCAAACACGGAUGUAGAAUAA